AAUUUUAUGCAGGUGAGUAAUGUGGUACCAUUUCCAUGUUAAUGAAGUUACAUAAAGUUUUGAGUAGUUUUAUACCAAACUGUAUUAAAAUAAUGUCUCUUUCACGAUAUGUUAUUUCUGUGAUAAUAUUAAUAUAUAUUGUCUUUUCAUAACUUGUUUUUAAUUUUAAUUUAAUUGAAAUGUACACACGAAACAAACAUGCAGGAGAAGGAGAGAGAAAAUAUAAUUAUUGAUGAAAAUGCCAGGAACGAAAUUUAAAAUUAACAGAGAUAAAUUAUUGAUGGUUGGGAAAAAGAAGAUUGUUUGGAAUAAAUUUACUCUGCGUAGAUGAUGAACUCUAAAGAGAUAUUAUAGAAUUCUCCCACGGGAAGAAAACUGAUUCUAAUCGAUUUUUCUGGUGUGACAUUUCUUAUUACUCCCAAGUUUAAGUCUUUCAAUAAAAUUUUCUUUUGAAAGUAAUUUUGUAAUAGUUCUUUCUUUCCAGGCGCAAGUUCGAGAUCAGUCUUAUUAGGACCGCUUUGCCCGCUGAAUCACCCACUGCUUGACCUAAUCUCUUCUUUCUUCUGGAUUUACUUUUGACACGAUUACAAGUUUGAAAACAGUAGCAGCAAAUUCUCAUCGUUGUGUUCAUAUAAAAAAGGUAAUUAAAGUAAAAUUUGAUGAACUAUAUAUAAUAACAACAGUUCGUGCGAUGAAAAGAGCAGGUGGUUUAUAUAUCAUAUAUCAUAUAAAAUUUGUUUGUGUAAGAGCGGCUAGAGUUAGCCGUCCUUAUUCAUUUCUUAGAUAAACAAAUUUCUUGUCGAAACAAGGAAGGAAGGAAGGUGAAGAAAACAGCAACACAUUCUCUCCUACGUAGAUAUUAUUUACUUUCUAAUGGCUUCCCACUCCAUCCCUGUUUAUUUCUAUCAGCAUUUCGAUGAUUUAACGUGCGGCCUUUGCAAUAUAAUAUGUUUAAGAUCUCUGCACAUAUAAAAUAAAGGAACAGAGAUUGGAAAUUAAAAUGCUUUUGGAAGUGAAUAUUUAACUAGUCAAAAAAAUAGAAGAAGUGUUCAGACGAUCAAAAGGAGUAUAAAUUUACAUUAAUCACUUGUUCGGAACGCGCUCCUUUUUUCCGUAUUGUAUACGGUACCGAGAAUUCGGAAAAGGUUGAUACAAAUACGAUUUAGGUCAGAAAAGAAAAUAUGAAUACGCUUUUAGUUUCUCAUUACAACGUAGCAAGUUAUACGAGUUAAAAGCACUGCAUGUUGGUACAGAAAAAAGUAAACGAAAACCACUAUUAUCUAGCUGUUUUCCAUCGCUAAAAAUAUCAGAGAAUCAAAUGUUUAAAGGAUUACUUCAUGUAAGUUACAUAACAUUUACAAGAUUUUUAGGUCUGGUGACUUCUUUCGUGGCACAGCAACAACCAUAAGUAACCAAUAUUUCAGCCUUAAAAUGCGUCAUGUUAGAACCAGUUAAGUGAGAACUCACAAAAAGUCUCUUUCUUAUUUCUCGCACACGAUUCAACCGAAUGAAAGAUAUUCACACACUUUACAAACAGUACUACAAUUCGCCGAAGAAGGGUUGAAAAAGCCAAUAUAGUUAUUAGGGUUAGAGCGGCUACCCCUUGAAAUAGAAGUGUGCGAGGGAAAGUUUUUCUCUGACAUGAUUUGUUUUCAAAAAAAAUAGAAAAGUAAAGUUUGAUGAUCAAGCGCCAUUUUUUAUUAAGUUUUUAAAUACGACAGCUUUUAGGACAUGUCUUAAUGCUGUACGGUUGUCAUAGCAUCUAAGUUGCGAUUUUGGAACUUCUAACGAACGUUCGUUUUCGCAUGUAAUUGUAACAAUCGCAAAGAUAUCAGCCAAACAAAUGGUGUUUUCCUUCAGACACCACCUUAAAUGUGCCUCUUCUCCAAUGUCAAACAUUUUACAAUCUGUAUCCUUUUUUUGUCUUACUAUUUAAAAUAAGUUAUCUUAAUAUUCUAACUCUUUAAAAUGUUAAAAAGCGAUGUUUAAAAUCAGAAUAUGAAUGCUUGCUUGUCUUCUGUCAGUUGAUAUAAAAACGUCUUUCACUUUUUGGCAGACUUGUCAUAGUGAGGUAACACGUAAUAUAGAUAUAUUUCGUAAUAAACUGAUACACCCAUAAAUAGCAGCAUGAAAUGACAUGUCAAACGUUAUGUCAAUAAAAAAAGUAUGUCAGUUGUUGACAUAUCUUAAGUGCUUAGUUGUUAGUUUAUUCCUCUUUCGUCAAAAUGACACAGAUUUUUUGUGUGUGUGGGAAGACAUUAUUUAAUCAUGUUUUGAAAAUAGUUAAGCAUUACAUAUUUAGAAAAAAUGCAAGAAGAAAUACUCUCUACAUUCAGCAAAACGUCCAUCUCAUUGAUGGCAGAACCUGAACCAUUUACACCAAGUGAUCUCUCACCUGAACCAGAACCAGAUUUUGAAAUAGCAAAAGAAGUAUGGGGAGAUGCAUGGCCAGUACACUUUUAUUUAUUUGGCGCGAUAUUUUCGCUACUGCUGUUAUAUAACAUAAACAGUUUACUUGGAUUGUAUUUUAAAACAGCAAGAACAAUACGAAGAAGAAAUGUGUUUAUAGCAAUUAACUGGUUGCUUUUGUGGUUUAACUUUAGUUCAGCAACCCAUCUUCUUAUCGAUCCUUAUGAAUCGAAUGAGUAUUUCAAUUCCAACCUAGUUCGAAAAUCAUUCUUUAUUAUACAUGGACUACGAAUGCCUUGCUUAACAGCCUCGUUUUCGUUAGUGUUUAUUUCAUUAUUGGAAACAACCAAACUAAACUUGUACUCACCUCGACUACAAGACAGACGAUACAUAUCAACACUUAUAGCUAUCCAUUUUAUCACGUCGUUAACAAUCCAUUUAUAUUUGGUUUUUGAACCAAGUAAAUUUCGUAUUUUGAUCAUAUGUAACGUUUAUUUUAUAUUAUUUGGGACCAUCUUAGCAGUACUAUCAGCGUACGCAUGUUAUCGAAUCAUUAUGUACAUACGAACGUCGAAUACAAACUUACGCGACAUGAUAACUCCUAGUACAAGCAGAAUGGCUAUGCUUGACAUGGAGUCGGACUUACGCAAGUCAAGAACGAGCAUUCAAAAACUUUUAGAUUACGAUCCUUCGAUGUCAAUAUUUGCUGACAAAUCAUUGGAAAGACUGUUAAUCUUGAUAACAAUAAUAUCAGGAAGUGGAUUGGUGUUAUUUAGUGCGGUUGUUUACUCCUUAAGAUUGCUAUUGGACAAUCAGGGAGACGGAUUACUACCUUGGCCUUGGUAUAUAUAUCAAACAACUGCACGAUGUGCUGAAGCUAUGAUGGUGUUUGCAAUGUCAAAAAUUUCACGUAGGUCAAUACUACCGCAUUGUAAACAAGGGAUUGUGUAAGCAAAGAAGGUGCAGAGUAUAAAGCAGUAGAUAUAUGUUUGUUAAAGUUAAAUUAUUAGAAAGAUAUAUAUUAUAUGUUACCAUCUAUUUGACUCGGUUAUAUAGGUAGUAACAUAAAUCUUGUGUAAUACAAAGUUUGUGUCUUUUUUAGAAGUUAUAGAAGUUGUUCUA